AGCUGCUGUCUUAAAUGAGUCGGCAAGAAAUCGUGACGCAAGGGUUCAAAGGAAGCAGUCCCAAAUAGGAUGCGUCCUUGCUAUUUUGGGAAAGACUAUGUCAGGUAUACUGACGAAGUCCAGUGAUACUUCUGAAAUACUUCGUCUUCUUACAGACGCGACAAAGCUUCUUUCAGACUCGCAUCACUUGGAGACCGAAACGAGACGAUUUCUCGUCACCCCAAUGGUUGAUAAGACUUUUAUAGAGCCCUUCAAGGAUCGAAAACGGGACUGUCAUCUGUUUGGUGAAAAAUUAGGCGAGUUUAUUAAAUCUUCGCGUGGAAUACAGAAUACAGGAAAGUUAAUCCAAUCUGCAGCUUCAGCGAGCACUUUAAACUACAAGGGCCCGCCGUCACGCCAGCAAUAUCACCGCAGCGCUCGUGCGCAGUCAAGACGCGGCGGCGGGAACAAGCCGAUAUCGAACUAUCGCCGUCGCGGGGCAGCGCAGACGCCGGGGACGUCGCGCGCGCCGAAUGUGGCGACCCACCACCCGCCCGCUGUACCACGCCACAAGCAAGCGGGAGCAGCAACCACAGCCAACACGAAGCAGUAGCCUCACAGGGAAGUUCAUCCGCUGCAUCGACGCCUUUCCCUGGUGGCGACUAUAUUAUCCGGGAAGCCUUCGCUCGAAUAAAAGUCCCACGUUCGGCUUUGACUGUAAUGCUCUCCUCCAUUUCGGUGAGGACGAAGAUACAAUAUACAUCUAGCUUUAAACAGUGGUGGUUGUACUGUAGCGAUAGGGGACUAGAUCCAUUCCUGAUUGAAGUAUAUGAUUUGUUAGAUUUCUUAUCACAAUGUUUAUCAAGGGGUUCCAAUUAUGGAACAUUAAACAAUCAUCGUUCUGCUUUAUCAUUUAUUUCCGGAAAUAAUAUAGGACAAGACGAACGUGUCAAAAGAUUCUUUAGGGGUGUGUUUAAAUUGAAGCCAUCCUUCCCUAGGUAUAACUGUACGUGGAACCCUAAUAUUGUGCUCAAUUAUCUUUCUGAUUUAUAUCCUAAUGAGAAUUUAACUUUGGAAAAAUUAAGUAAAAAAUUGGUUAUGUUACUGGCUUUGUCUACUGGCCAACGAUGUCAAACGCUUUCAUUGAUUAGAAUACCGAAUAUUAUGAUAAAUCAAAAUGAAGUAAAGAUCACUAUUACAGAUUUAAUCAAGACAUCAGGAAUAGGUAAAUCUCAACCAGUACUUGAUCUGCCUUUUUUCCGCCAGCGCCCUGCAGUUUGUCCUGCAGAGACUUUAAUAACCUACUUGAAUGUUACAUCUUCUAAUAGAGGUCAUGUCGAUAACAAAUUGAUUUUAACUUUUAAAAAGCCGUUUCACGCUGCAUCUCCUCAAACAAUUGGGCGAUGGAUAAAACAGACUUUGACUGCUAGUGGCAUCGACACUGCAAUAUUUUGUGCUCAUAGCACUCGACAUGCAUCUUCUUCAGCUGCACAUCAAGCAGGAAUCAGUGUCGACGUCAUUAGGAGAACUGCUGGUUGGUCAGACCAAUCUGCCAUAUUUGCUAAUUUUUACAAUAGACCAUUCACUGAAAGUAACUGUGAAUUUGCUAAUGCUGUACUAAAUCAAUAAGGAAGCUAUGUACUUUGUUUGGUUAAGUUAUAGAAG